AGAGAGAGAGAGAGAGAAUCGGAGAGAGGGAGAGAGCAGUAAUAAUAAAAAGGUGAAAUAAAACAAAUGAUGUUGCAAUCUUUGAAACAACGCACGGACAAACUAAGCGGCAUUCCAACAACAACAGCAACAAGCGGCACAGUGGCAACUGCUGCGCUAGCAACAGACACAACUACAGCAGCAACAACAACAACAACAUCGACAGAAGCAGCAACAACAACAGCAACAACAAUGCUAACAACAGCACCUGUUGCACUUGUCGCUAAUGGUAUGGCCAAUGGCAGCAGUCUCUAUAACGGCAGCAACAACAUUAACAAUUUAAAUAGCAAUAACAAUAACAACUUGCAACAGCAACAACACCAGCAACAGCAGCAGCAACCAGUAAAGUAUUUAGAAAAUCUAACGCCUGCCACGGGCGCCAUUGCGACGGCAACAACUUUUACAGGUGCUGCGAAAAGUUUCCAUCCAUAUUUGCGGCCCAGCAGCAGCAUACCAACAGCAACAGCAGCAGCAGCAACAGCAACGACAAUGACCAAAACUGCUGGCGGCGUUGGCGUCGGCAUGUCGACAACAUUGUUCGAAACACUUUUGCAAAACCAAAUAAAUUCCAAUGCAAAUGCAGCCGCUGCCGUCCUACCAGCCGCAGCAGCAGCAACACCAACUGCAACAGCAGCAGCAGCAGCAGAGCCAACGCAAGCAGCAGCAGCUGCAACCGCAGCAGCACCAACAGCAACAGCAGCAUCAGCGACUGCAACAUCGACGCUGCUAAAUUCCAGCAUUAAUUCCAGAACUUCAUUAGCCGACCAGAGCGCCAGCGGCACCACAAAUUGCGACUCGCAUGGCGCUGAGACGGAGACGCAGCCGGCGGACUCUCUGCCCGCCAUUAAAUGCGAGGCAACGGAUGCCAUGGAUACCACAACUGCUGGCGAUACGGAGCUGGCCAAGGAUCAGCCGGAUGCGGACAACAUUAAAAUGUUUGUGGGGCAGAUACCCAAGACAUGGGAUGAGCUCAAAUUGCGACGCCUGUUCGAGCAGUUCGGACGGGUCCACACGCUGAAUGUGCUGCGAGAUAAGGUCACAUCGAUUAGCCGAGGGUGCUGUUUUGUCACCUACUAUACGCGCAAGGCGGCUUUGAGGGCCCAGGAUGCGCUGCACAACAUCAAAACAUUGGAUGGGAUGCAUCAUCCCAUUCAAAUGAAGCCGGCAGACAGUGAGAACAGAAAUGGUAAGUUUUUCCAACAGAGAAAUAAAAAGAAAAAACUCCAUUUUAUUUUUUUUUAAAUCCUUUGUCUGGCU